AUUUCAAAUUAAAGCUGAAGAGGUCCUUUUUCGUCAUUUUGGAGUAUCUUUUUGAGACAUUUUUCCUCUUUUGAUUUUCGCUUUUUCCGUCCUCUUGACUUCUGCUGUUUCAGACUCUCAACGGAGAGAGCCUCCAAAGCCAGAAGAGAGAGAGGUUGAAGAAGAAAGAUUUGCGAAACCCCAAGCAUCGUUUUUGUUGAUUCUCAUGGAAAAUCUCUCUCAUUCUCGGAAUCCAAACAGGUCUUCUUCAUUACCUAAGAAACCUUACAAUGGCAAUAACAACGCCGGAGGUUUUAGCUACAACUCCGGCAAAGCGGCUAAUACAACCACCACCACUACAUACGACGACGUUUUUGGUGGCCCGCCUAGGUUUGGAGCUCCGACGCUGUCUCCUCGUCUCGAAGACUACUGCGAGAUUUUCGCCGGAUUCAACGGUUCCUCACGCGCCGCCGUUUCCUCGAUUCCGGUACUCGAUCUUCCACUUGUUGAUGAUAGAGAUGUUUACUUCGAUGUUCGGAGUCAAGGUUUUGACUACCGUGAAGUCUUCGGAGGUUUUAACGAUCUCGAUUUAGCUCCUUCGUAUGAAGAACUUUUUUUGCAGCAGCGGUCUCCGGUGGUUGGUGAUGGUGAUUCCUCCGACGAUGCUUGGACUCCUGAAGAAGUAGAGUCAUGCUCAGGUGGUACAGACCAUUCUGGCAAAAGUCCUUGUUUUUCUAAUGGUAGAGAUUCAUAUGAUUCCAUUGAUGGAAGCACAGAGUUCAACAUUUCUUAUAACAAAGCUAGCCAGAUAAGCGGCGGCGACACAAAUAUGUCCUCAAGUGGUGUGAUACGUGUAGCUGAUCUUGGUGCUAUUCCUGGUUACACUGUUGCAGUUGAUGGAACAACAAAGCUUAAGAAGGAGACUGGGCCAUCUUCUGUUGGUAGAGGUACAAAUAAAUUUGUCUUUGAAGACAAGUAUUACAGUAGUGAACCUUUUGUUACUGUUUCUGAGAUUGGUUUGAAGACUCAUCCUACUGGAAUACCACCUCCAUCGAGAGCAGCUCCUGUAUUGAAGAGUGAUUUUAGAAGUUCGGCUUCUAAUUCUAAAAGUACUGGAUCACAAGGAUCUGCGGAUAGUAGUUCUCCACCGUUCUUUGAUGUAGAGGUUGAUGCAAAUUCAGCUGCAGUGAGAGAAGCUAUGGUAAAAGCUGAGGCAAAACUUAAAAGUGCAAAAGAGCUGUUAGAAAGGAAGAGGGAUGGGGCACGAACUACCGCAAAGCCAACCUCCACGAAGAAUAGAAUAGCCGAGGAAGGGAAAUCGGGCCAUACAGCUGGUUUGCCCGUAGUUAAGACUAAUAUUGAUGUAGCUAGAAAGUCUUUGAGGGAUAAGCGUGGAAGCAAGUCUCUGUCUUCUCAAGGGUCAGCAAACUCUGAUGGAAAUGAUGAAUGGAAAGAGGCUAAUCAAUUUGUUGAAUUGGUGAGAACAGAGCUACCAAGAAAUGCUGAUGAGAACAGUGGUGGAAAAGAUGUUUCUAUUCCCCUUAAUGCAGAGUUUUUCGAUCAGGAGCUGACAUGGGCAGCUAAUGUUGACUGGGAGAAACAGCGGAGGAGAGCAAAAGGAGAUAGAGAGGAUCAUGAAGCUAGGAAAUUGCAAAAACACCAUGGAACGAGAAAGGUAGCAUCUAGGCAUAAGAGACAUGAGAACAAGCUUGCAGAAAAGGUUCCUGAAGAGCCAAAGAAAGAGAAAUCGAGACAUGUUGAAAUGGGCACCAAUUUACCUGAUCAUGGUGGGAUAGUGAAACACAGAAAUCUGCUUAGACCAGAAGAAAAUAAGCUCUUUACUGAAAAGCCUGCAAAACAGAAGAAGGAAUUGCACUAUGAAGAGAAAACAAAAGGCAUACAAAAUCAACAAUCGGAUAGAAUACCAAAUCGGCAAGCAGUUGAAAAGAACCAGGAAUUUGUGUAUGAUUGGGAACAAAAUGCGAGAAAGCUCAGGGAAGCUCUUGGUAAUGAAAGUACGCUAGAGGUUUCCUUGGAAUUGAAUGGAAAUGGUAAAAAAUUGGGAAUGCGUGGCGAAAGUGAGACAAAACUGAAUGAGGCCUUGAAGCGGAUGGAGGAGGAAACUAGGAUUAAAGAGGCUCGUGUAAAGGAAGAAAAUGACAGAAGAGAAAGAGAAGCUUUUGAGAAGGCAGAAAAUGAGAAAAGACUAAAGGCAGCGUUGGAGCAAGAAGAGAAGGAAAGAAAGAUUAAGGAAGCUCAUGAAAAAGCAGAGAAUGAACGGAGAGCGGUAGAGGCUCGCGAAAAGGCAGAACAAGAAAAGAAAAUGAAAGAACAACAAGAGUUAGAAUUGCGGCUAAAAGAAGCUUUUGAAAAGGAAGAAAAGAACCGUAGAAUUAGAGAGGCCCGAGAAGAAAGUGACGAGAAAGAAAGAGAUGCUUGUGAAAUGGAGAAAACCUGUGAAACUACCAAAGAGGCUCAUGGAGAGCAAUCAUCAAAUGAAAGUCUUAGCGACACUCUAGAAGAGGAUGAGAGUAUAGACAACCACAAAUCUAUGAACAAACAAAACGAAGAAGAAGAAGAACCAAAGCAGAGAGAAUCUAUGUCCGAAGAAACCUGUCCUUGGAAGGUUUUUGAGAAGAACCUCAAAGACGCCAGCCAAAAGGAAGGAACUAAUGAGCUGGAUGCUGAAUCCAGGUUGUCUGAGAGGAAUGAAGAGACGCCUCAGCUGGGUGAAAAUGGAGGAUAUAACCAGCAAAAUGGAGAAUCGAGUGAGGAGUCCACUUCUGUUACUGAGAAUAUUAUAGGAGGAAAGCUCCAACAGAAGAGUAAAAAUUCUGAAAACUCCAAAGAUGCCUCAGUUCUCAAACGAGACAAUGGGUUGAAAACUGAAGUUGAAGAAAGAUCAGAAGACGAUGUAGGUGAAGACCAAAAUGUCAGAAAAGCAGGUGUUGGUCGUGAUCAAAGGAAUCCAGAGGAAAGUAAGUCCGCUCCCAAAACAUCCUCUGGUUUCAGAAACCAUGAAAAUAAAUUCACCCAUCAGCAGGAAAGAGGAAAUAUCUAUGAGACCCAAGCAGGUUUAAAUCAAGAUGCAAAAUUAGAAAGACCAUUGCCUUCUCGAGUAUCCGUGCAACGUGAGAAAGAAGCAGAGAGACUAAAGAGAGAAAGAGACUUAGAGAUGGAGCAAUUAAGAAAGGUAGAAGAAGAAAGGGAGAGGGAAAGAGAGAGGGAGAAGGAUCGAAUGGCUUUUGACCAGAGAGCAUUGGCUGAUGCACGUGAAAGAUUGGAGAAAGCAUGUGCUGAGGCCAGAGAGAAGUCUUUGCCUGAUAAGUUAUCGAUGGAGGCAAGACUUAGAGCAGAACGGGCAGCAGUGGAGAGAGCAACCGCUGAAGCUCGUGAACGUGCAGCUGAAAAGGCUGCCUUUGAGGCAAGAGAGCGAAUGGAAAGAUCGGUUUCCGAUAAGCAAUGUCAGAGUUCAGGUUUUUUUGGUGAACGAAUGGAAAGAUCAGUUUCUGAUAAGCAAUUUCAAAAUUCACUCUCUUUUGGUGCUUCAAGAUAUCAAAGUUCUACUGGUACUGAAGGUGAAUCGCCUCAAAGGUAUACAUCGAGAUUGGAAAGGCAUCGAAGAACAGCUGAUCGUGUGGCUAAAGCUUUGGCAGAGAAGAACAUGCGUGAUCUCGUGGCCCAGAGAGAACAAACAGAGAGAAUUAGAAUCGCUGAAACCUUAGACACCGAAGUAAAAAGAUGGUCAAGUGGAAAAGAAGGAAACAUAAGAGCAUUACUCUCAACACUACAAUACAUCCUCGGUCCCGAAAGCGGAUGGCAACCUUUACCGUUAACAGAAGUCAUAACUUCGGCAGCCGUGAAACGAGCUUACAGGAAAGCAACACUUUGUGUUCAUCCAGACAAGUUACAGCAAAGAGGUGCAAACAUUCAUCAGAAAUAUAUCUGCGAAAAGGUCUUCGAUCUUCUUAAGGAAGCUUGGAACAGAUUCAACUCAGAAGAAAGAAGCUUGAGCACGAGGACAAGAAGCCGUCGUGGAGGCUACGAGAGAGUGAGUGAUGAUUCAAGUUUCAGUUUACUCGGAGCAAAGCUAAGAAGAUCGACGAGUGUUCCUUACUACGCUCCAUCUAUAAAGCUUGGUGCUGGUGGUGUUCCGACCAUUCUUGAGGAGCUUCCUCGUCAGAAGUCCAAGAAAGUUAAACCAACAGGCAAAUUUAGCCACCCAAUCUUUAGUCUUUUCUACGGAAAGAAGAAGAAGUCAACGACGACAAAACCUGAGUUUUCUAGGUAUCUUGAGUAUUUAAAAGAAGGUGGUAUGUGGGAUGCUAGAGCUAAUGCGCCUGUUAUCUAUUACAAGUAGAUCGAUAUGAAUUUGUUAAGAAAGAUCAAGAAAGAGAGAGAGAGGGUGAAAGUUUUCUUUUAUUUGUUUGGUUCAAAUCUUCUUCAAUUUGUGAUGAUAUUUGUAUAUAUAUUUCAAUGAUCCAAUAUUGUUUUGUAAGCAUUUACAAGUAUUGGAAACAAAAUUGUAUGCUUUUG